AUGAAGCUCGCUGUCGCGCUGCCCCUCCUCCUCUCGCUUGCUGUCGCUGCCCCCGUCCCUGGCUGGUGGCAGGGCGGCGAGCACCACGACGGGACGCUCACGCUCACGGGUAACUGGCCGCGCGAGCACCACCGCCACCACGGACACCACCACCACGGCGCUGGGUCUGUAGCGCCCACCGACGGGGCGACUACCGACGUCGCGGCCGAGCCCACGCAGGUCAACCCUGGCACGCCUACCACGCCGACCGGCGCGCCCGACGACGAGGGUAACGAGGACCCAGACAUCCCCGACUGCGAGGACGGCGAGACCGCGGCCGACGCAGUGACUAUCGCGACCGACGCUGUGACUAUCGCGACCGACGCUGUCCCCAUGCCGCUCGCGACCCAGGUCACUACCGCCGACAACGGGCCGGCUACCGUCGACACUGCCGUCCCCGCCUCCCCCACCAAGGGCCACAAGCACGGUGGCUCCUCCGAGGCCCCCGUGACUCCCGACCAGGUGACCCCCGGGCCCAACGAGGCCGCCCAGGCCGCUGCGGGCCCUGCCGCGCCUGUGCUCCAGGCCUCUCCCGACGCUGCCUCGUCGCCAGCGCAGGCCGUCACACCCACCCCCACCCCCUCGGCGAAGAAGUCUAAGGCCAAGCCCUCGGAGGCUGUGCCUACCCCCGACGCCGCCUCGAGCCCCGACGCCGCCCCGACCGACAGCAUCACCGACCCCGGCACCUCUUCUACCCCCGAGCCGACGCCGACAAAGAAGCCCAAGGCGUCUCCCUCGCCGGCGGCCGACUCGGGCUCCAACAACUCUGGAGGUGGCGGCGGCGGCGGCGGUGGCAGCACCCAGUUCUCCGGACUGGCCACCUUCUGGGAUGUCAACAACCCAGCAGACAACGGCGGCUUCGCGGCCGGCGUCGUCGCGUGCGAGGGCGUCUCGACGUCGGGCUACAUUGUUGCCCUCAAGGACGGCUGGGACAACGGCAUCCACUGUGGAAAGCAGGUCGUCAUCACCGACCCGACAACCGGCAACACCGAGUACGCAACCGUCGCCGACAAAUGCUCCUCCUGCAGGCCUGGCGGACUCGACCUCUCGCCCAGCCUCUGGAACAAGCUCGCCAACGACCAGACCGACAUCGGCCAGUUCAACGCCAACUGGGGCUUCGUGUAA